AAGAGGGAUGAGUCAAUGAAGUAGUUGACCCAAAGAACUUUCUCAUGUUUACUCCGUCCCCCCCUAACCCUGUUCCUUUAAAUUGGUUCGCCCGCAAACCCUAGCUCUGAAAUCCUUCCGUGAACCCCUCCCAAGCGCGUUUCUUGGAACUCCCAAGCAAAAAACAACAGCAGCUCAAACUCCUGCCAACAAUGGCGAGACGAGGCCUCCCCCUUCUCCGGCACAUCCUCCGCGACUCCGCCGCCGCUGCCUCCGCCCCUCCGCUCCUGAAAGCCCUUGCCUCCGCCGAGAGCCGGCGGUCGGUGACCUACAUGCCCCGCCCCGGCGACGGCACCCCGCGGGCGGUGACCCUGAUCCCUGGCGACGGGAUCGGUCCUCUCGUCACCGGCGCCGUCCGGCAGGUCAUGGAGGCGAUGCACGCUCCGGUCUACUUCGAGACCUACGAGGUCCACGGCGACAUGGACACCGUCCCGCCGGAGGUCAUCCAGUCCAUUCGGAAGAACAAGGUCUGCCUCAAGGGCGGCCUUGCCACCCCCGUUGGCGGUGGUGUCAGCUCCCUCAACGUCCAGCUCCGGAAGGAGCUCGAUCUCUACGCGUCCCUUGUCCAUUGCUUCAACCUCCCCGGCCUCCCCACAAGGCACCAGAACGUCGACAUCGUGGUCAUCAGGGAGAAUACGGAGGGGGAGUACUCGGGAUUGGAGCAUGAGGUGGUUCCCGGUGUUGUGGAAAGCCUCAAGGU